CAACAUCUCUAUAUUAUUGAAAAUAGAGGAAUAGGCGGUAAUAAAGGUAAAGGAGGAUGCGAUGAUGAUGAUGCAAAAAACUAUAUUAAACCGGACCCAGAAUCAAUAUUUGAUGAAAUGAUAGAUUUUGAUAAAGCCUAUGAAGCAGAUCAUCUAAUUGCUACAAACAAUAUUAAAGUUAGAAACGCUGAAAUAUUUCUUAAAGGCUUUAGUGCUAGUGCAGGUGGAAUGUUAUAA